AUGACCGAUGUUGCCAGCGUGAAAACUGCCUUAUCGGCCCUUGAAGACAAAGCCUUCGGCGUCGCUAAGCUCUCGGCUUUGCGAGGUGGCACCUUUACGCUUCCCAAGAAGACGUUUGUGUCUGGAGAGUCGGACAAUGAACGAUGUCAGGUCCCUUCUCUGUCUUUUCUUAUCGUUCAUCAACCAUCUGCCGUCGGCCCUAGGCGUAUUCUUUUUGACCUGGGGCUGAGAAGAAAUACGAAAGAGUAUAGCUUGCCAAUUCAGAACCACCUCCGGAACCGCCUACCGCUACAGCCUUUGCCAGAUGUUCGACAGAGCUUGCUCGACGCCGGCCUUUCCUGCCAAGACAUUGACGAGGUCAUCCUUAGCCAUGUUCACUGGGACCACAUCGGCACGCCCUCCGACUUCCCCCAGGCACAGUUCUUGGUCGGAGCAGGAUCCCUUGAUGUGCUCAGGAAUGGCCUAAAUGGGCACAUGUCCCAUUCUCAAUUUCAAGCCAACCUAUUCGACAAUCUCAGCGUGCGUGAGUUUCCCCCUCCAACCCGAUAUUCAGACGGUUGGCAGGAAGCGGGCGGAUUACACAUUCGUGGCCUGACCGACGACGGUUCGAUUUAUAUCGUCGACUGUCCAGGCCAUCUCACUGGACACAUUGGCUUGCUGGUACGAAAAGAAAUUCGAAAAUGGGUGUUAUUAAUCGGAGACGCCUGCCACGAUGAAAGGUUGCUUCGUGGAGACAUGUCCAUCGCGGAAUGGACCGACGCCGAUGGCCGGAUCUGCUGUAUACACAUGGACAAGAAGCUGGCAACUGAGACUCUGACAAAGUUCUCGCUCUGGAAGCAGGUGUCGGGCCAGUGUGGCUUUGACUUACAGAUCAUUUUUGCCCACGAUGCUACCUGGGCACAAAAUAACCCGAGCGCAUUUUACCCUGGAACUCUAUAG